CGCGGCCGUCGGAGCGGGACUGUGUUCCGCCCACAUGGUCAGGCCGCACUCUUGAUUGGACACAGGUGCACGUCAAUCAUUGUUCUCGCGGCCAUGUUGUUUGUUGUCGGUUGGGAGGGCGUUUGGCCCGAGCGAGCGAGGGAGGCCGACCUGAGGCCGGGGGAACGAUGUGGGCUGUGUCGCUCGGUCACUUGUUACUGGGCGGACAGCUGGCACUGCUGGCAGCUGCUGUGUUGCUGCAAUGCCUGGCGGCCGGCUCGUCGUCGUCUCAAAGCUCAACGGUCAACGGUUCGCAGCCGCGGCAGGUGCAGUCGCCGUCCAGGGGCCGUGGGGAGCUGGCUCUGGGGAACUACCCGGAAGACAUGGAGCUGCUCGAGUACCGAGACCCGCUGUCCCCACUGGUGCUCUGCAGCUUCUUGCCAGAUGAAUUUGUUGAAUGCGAUGAGCCAGUGAACCAUUCUGGAAAUGUGACUGCCCAACAAGAGCAAGGAUAUGGUUGUGUAAAAUUUGGCGGACAGGCUUACAAUGAAGUGGAGCACACACGGGUGCGUUGUACUGCAUUAAAGGAUAUUGAAUGUGCCGGGCCACGCACUUUCCUCAGAGGAAAUGUGCCAUGUAUCAAGUACACAGGACACUAUUUUGUAACAACCUUGCUAUAUUCCUUUUUCCUGGGGUGCUUCGGUGUGGAUAGAUUUUGCCUGGCACACACUGGCACUGCAGUGGGCAAACUGCUGACUCUUGGAGGUCUCGGGAUCUGGUGGUUUGUGGAUCUAAUACUACUCAUUACAGGAGGUCUGAUGCCCAGUGAUGGCAGUAACUGGUGCACUUACUACUGAAGAUGUAUUUCAUCUCGAAUCUAAGAAUUUUUGUAUUUGGUGGAGGAGAAGGACAAAGCACAUGGGAGUCUGUUUGUACCUUUUCCUGGAGUAGUUCAAUUUGUUUGGAUGGAUAGCAAAUCCUUGCACAUGGACUUUGCUGGAUUUUUCAUCCUCCUCAUGUUUGACUUGUAUUCCUCAGAGGAUACACAAGAUUAUAAUGUCUCAGAUUGCAGUAGCUUAUGUCAUUUUUACCAAGUCUGUAAAUAUACAUGUUGCAAUCAUGCUUUUCUGAACUUAAGAGUUUUUUAAAAUUUGUGCUAUAUGAAAUGCAUUUAUCAACCAAAGUAUACUGUAACAGAAAUUGUGUACUUCUGUAAGACUUAAACCUGGUUAAUCUUUUCACAACACUUGGAACAAGCAAUGCAUGCUCAAUUUGAAAUUUAACUGGUGUUUUAAUGGCUCAGGAAUUCAGUACACCCCACAGAAAAUUUUUUGGUUAGUUCAAAUCUGGUUGAAAGUCAUGCUAAGAACUUGUAUAAAAUUGAUAUUGUCAGACAAUUUGUUAGCAGCAUUGUAUGCAAUUCAAGAUAGGAAGCCACCUGAGGCAAAACUUCUCACAUUUUGGAAGUGGAAAUAUCGCCAAUAAACUAUUUAUUUCUGAA